UAUAAUGGUGACAACGAUGACAAAACCUGUGGUAUCACCACGAACUUCACAGUGACUUUUUCACACGUAAGUCGAGGCAGUGAUACGGUCUCUCUUCCUCGUCUCAUCUGGACUAUUUGACCACUGCAAGCGCGAACUCGUGCGCCAUUUAUCCUACAGCCAACGAACCUAAUCCGUAGUUCUCUCCAACCUCAUCAACUAACCAUGGGAAACACGCCCUCCCGAGACGGCUACUCGCAAUGCGUCUCCCCAGACGAAUGGCGUCGACGCCGUGCUAGUCGUGGACCUUCAGCUCUUUCCUCUUCGGCAGACCGUGAGCGUCGAGUCCGCUUCAUAACCCGCGAUGGUUCAUCGUCCGAUAUGUCCAGCGACAUUUCCUCAUCUUUCUACUCAGGAUCCGAUUCUGACCACGAGUACCUGCUUUUCACGCAUGGACCACGGCCCAGCCAAAGCCAUAACCACGCUCCCAGUUCUAGCCAGGGCAACCGACUGUACAUCGUCCAGGAACUCGAAGAGCUCGACAAACGCGACAACUGCCCAGACAGCGUGGCAGGUGACGAGUACUUUGACCGCGCAGACUGCAAUGGCUUCCGACCACGGCGGACCUGCAACACUCAUGAAAACUCUGGCUCUGACUCUCGACCACGUUCCCCAUCUACUUUUCGUCCAGGUGACACGUACCUCGACCGUCCAGACAGCACCGGCUUCCGACCACGAAGAAGCUACAAUCCUCACGACAACCUCGCGUACGACUUUCGACCGUCUUCCUCAUCCGCUCCCAGAAUGCCUGUUCAGUAUGUGUCCCCAACUGACAGUCCAUUCUCUGCACCUCCUGCCCCUGGUCCGCACCCAGGACAACCAUGGUAUCCCCCAAACCCGCAGCCGCAUCCACAUCCACCUCCUUCGUACGACGAGAGUCUGGGGGCGGAUGUUGAACAACGCGAGCCGCGGUUUGGCAAAUGAUCAACAACCCCUUCAAAGGUGUGAACGAGGGGUUCUGUUUGGUCAUGGGUGGGCUCCAUCAGUAUGCAUUGGCUGCUGGACCCCAGUUGAUAUUCUGAGACAGACUGCUGUCGUGCAGCAGAUGAUCGAGGGCAGGUCUACAAGGACCCGGCUCACUGGUAGGUGGAUGAGUACAAGGGCCAAGGGCUAUGAGGACCUUUCCAGAACAUCUCGGUGAGCAAUUGACGACUCAACAUUGACAGCAAUCUCGCAUCUGGAUGAUUUCAAUAUGGUAAUCAUUCAAGGUCAUUGUUUAUCUAUCAUAGCGAACGGAUCGUGUUCGUUAAGUAAUCAUAACAUCGUAGCCAUCCUGAAAUGGCGUGACAGUUCAAGCAUGCACUUUCCAA